GGUAUAUGAGAUAUCUCACCGUCUCUGCUCCUAUUGAGGCCGAUCCAGCAGCAUACUUCUGACAGCUAUAGUAUACAGCAAACACCAACGGAAUCCGGCAGCUCUCAUCCGCUCUCAUUGCUGUUGAGCAAACUGUGUCCGAUAGAAAGGAUGGCCGUCUCGGUGUUCCCGGUUGUUGCUCUGACAUCCCUCGCCCUUCUAUCCCUCUACAAGUUCAUCGUCCAGCCAUUAUGCUUCCACCCACUUCGGCAUAUCCCAUCAGCACACUGGUCGAUUCCUAUAUUUGGCGAUCUGUGGAUCACAUACCAACGCUAUCGAGAACGCAACAAUACAGUCACAUAUGCUGCCCAUGUAAAGUACGGCAGUGUUGUGCGCAUGGGGGCCAGUGAGUUGAGCGUCAAUUGUGUGGACAAUGGCAUCAAAACCAUAUAUGCCGGCGGAUGGGAGAAGCAUGCUUGGUACCCACAGCGAUUUGGAAGUUACGGAGUUAUGAACAUGUUCUCGACCAUACACCACGCACCUCAUUCCCAGAAGAAACGUACCAUGGCCAACGUGUUCUCCAAGUCAUAUAUUGCAUCCUCCGUACAGGUUGCUGCCAACUCGCACAAGCUGUUAUCGACACGUUACCUGCCUUUGCUUCAGAGUCUCUCUGAAACUUCACAGCCAUAUGAUGUACACGAUAUGAACAAUGCAUUUGCGAUGGACUUCAUGUCAGCAUAUCAAUACGGUCUACAAGCUAGCACAAACUUCACACAAGACAUCGCGGUCCGACGUAAAAUCAUGUACGAGUACCACUGCAGACGAGAGUACGAGUUCUUUUCUGCUGAGAUCCCCUGGCUGAAGGAUCUCACCCGCAAAUUCGGUCUGGAAAUAGUACCUCAAUUUGUCGACGAUGCCAACGCUUCGAUUGAGGAGUGGAACGCCAGUAUGUGUCGCGCCGCUGAGAAAUACCUUUCUGCUGCAGCCCAGAUUGCGUCCCCUUACAUUGGUGAUGAACCAAUCGUGUAUAAGCAGUUCAAAGAGGGCAUCAAUAGACUACGCGAAAAAGAUCCGCUCGCAGGAAAGUCGGUGUCCGAUGUGAUCCUUCCCACCGUUCGCCACGACGAUCUUCAGCAGAACGAGGAUGACACGACUACGGCAGAAAUCUACAGCGAAAUGCUUGACCAACUCGGUGCAGGCCAUGAGACAUCUGCCGUUGCUCUGACAUACCUAUACUGGGAGAUGAGCAAGAACCCCGAUAUGCAGAAACAGCUCCAUGACGAGGUGUCUGGGCUGACGCCAGCGAUCAAGUGGCCCAUGCCUGCAGGAGCCGAUCUCGCCGACUUCAAGAUACCAGAACCCAAACAAAUCGACUCUCUGCCCCUGUUGCAUGCGAUCUAUAUGGAGACAUUGCGCCUACACACACCUAUCCCAGGUAUUGAACCUCGCAUCUCGCCUCACGUGCCUGGUGGAAGCACGGUUGGUUCAUACACAGGUAUUCCAGGUGGCGUACGUGUCUCAUCCAUGCCAUAUUCUCUGCAUCGCAACGAAGCUGUGUUCCCUGAACCUGAAACCUUCAACCCCUCUCGGUGGCUAUCAUCACACACCUCGGAAGAACACCUGAAAGAAAUGCAUCGCUGGUUCUGGGCAUUUGGUAGCGGGGGAAGAAUGUGCAUCGGCAGCAAUUUGGCAACACAAGAGAUCAAACUGCUGGUCGCUGCCAUUUAUACCAACUGGACAACAGAAAUUGUCGAUGACGACGGUAUCGAGAAGAUUGAUGCUUACAACACGAAGCCCAGGAGCAACAAGCUUAUGCUGAGAUUUAGGCAUGUAUAAAGCAGCAAAUUGACUGUACGAAGCCGAGUAAUGCAGCAUCAAUGUCAUUGAAUGACCACCGGCUCCUCGGCAUUAGGCAUGGGGGAU